AUGUUUAUUUACCUACACAGCAUCUCCCUUUUCUCUCCACCACUUUCUUUCCCUUUCUCUUUCUCUCUCCCCCUCUCCCUCUAUCUUUCUGACUCAAUGAUGCAGUCAAUCUUUCUUUCGUCUUUUCUCUCUUUGACCGUAUCUACUUCUAUCGUAAACGCUGUCAUAUUUUCUUUACGUCUUUUUUAUUUUAUUUUUUCUUCAUAUUGGGAAUAUCAUAUCUCUCUCUCUCUAUCUAUCUCUCUUCUCUCUCCCCCUCCCUCUCACCCACGCUCUCUCUCUCCCUCCCUCUCUCCCACGCUCUCUCUCUCUCUCUCUUUACAAAUCAUUUUUUUUCUUUCGCCCGUUUUAACAUUGAAGCUUUUUCAAUGUUUCCAUCUAAUCUAUCUAUCCGGAUUUGAUAUAUCUAUCUAUCUCAGUAUCUUCCUUUGUUUUUUUUCAAUCUUCUAUCUAUCUAUCUAUCUAUCUAUCUAUCUAUCUAUCUAUCUAUCUAUCUAUCUAUAUCUUAGCCUGUCCAUUUCUUUCUUUCGAUAUAUCUAUCUAUCUCAGUAUCUUCCUUUGUUUCUCUUUCGUAUAUCUAUCUAUCUAUCUAUCUAUCUAUCUAUCUAUAUCUUAGCCUUAUCUUCCUUUGUUUCUCUUUCGUAUAUCUAUCUAUCUAUCUAUCUAUCUAUCUAUCUAUCUAUCUAUCUAUCUAUCUAUCUAUAUCUUAGCCUGUCCAUUUCUUUCUUUCGAUAUAUCUAUCUAUCUCAGUAUCUUCCUUUUGUUUCUCUUUCGUAUCUAUCUAUCUUCUUCUAUCUAUCUAUCUAUCUAUCUAUCUAUCUAUAUCUUAGCCUGUCCAUUUCUUUCUUUUCGAUAUAUCUAUCUAUCUCAGUAUCUUCCUUUGUUUCUCUUUCGUAUAUCUAUCUAUCUAUCUAUCUAUCUAUCUAUCUAUAUCUUAGCCUUUUCUUUCUUUCGAUAUAUCUAUUAUCUCAGUAUCUUCCUUUGUUUCUCUUUCGUAUAUCUAUCUAUCUAUCUAUCUAUCUAUCUAUCUAUCCAUCUAUCUAUAUCUUAGUUCCAUUUCUUUCUUUCGAUAUAUCUAUCUAUCUCAUCUAUCUUCCUUUGUUUCUCUUUCGUAUAUCUAUCUAUCUAUCUAUCUAUCUAUAUCUUAGCCUGUCCAUUUCUUUCUUUCGAUAUAUCUAUUAUCUCAGUAUCUUCCUUUGUUUCUCUUUCGUAUAUCUAUCUAUCUAUCUAUCUAUCUAUCUAUCUAUCUUAGCCUGUCCAUUUCUUUCUUUCGAUAUAUCUAUCUAUCUCAUGUUUUCCUUAUCUUUUUGCCUCUCAUCUAUCUAUCUAUCUAUCUAUCUAUCUAUCUAUCUAUCUAUCUAUCUCAGCAUGUUCCUCAUGUAUUUCUCUAUCUAUCUAUCUGUGGGAUAA